AUCACACCUUACACUACAGCGUUUGAAUCGGAAAGGAGGAAACAUCGUACCAAUGGUUGUUCAAGUAAAACCCAGCUCCAAUAACAGCAAAACGAUGGAUAGCAACCAACAAAAAACGGAAGCGAAUAUUUUGCUACUUGGUGCUGAAAACGUCGGGAAAUCAGCACUGACCGUGCGAUUCCUCACCAGGAGAUUCAUUGGCGAAUACGGCGAUAUAGAGUCCAUAUACAGUCACAGUGACAAAAUAGAUGGACGGGAAAUUUCAUUCAACAUCUGGGACUCGCUGUACCCACAGGACUCUGAAACCGCUGAAUCCGUGACCGAAAAGCAACUUCAUUGGUCCGAUGGUGUCAUACUGGUUUAUAGCAUCUGCGACCGAUCCAGCUUCGAAGUGGUGCGGCAACAGGUGCAGCUUAUUCGGCAGUCGAAGAAAGGCUCCGGCGGCGCACCCAUCAUCAUCGUGGGCAACAAGCGCGACCUGCAGCACCAGCGCGCCGUCUCCGGCGAAGAGGGCCGGCUGCUGGCCAUGUCCACCGACUGCAGCUUCUUCGAGACCUCGGCCGCCGAGAACUACCACGGCGUGCUGCUGGUGUUUCACGAACUGCUUGAGCUUAUACGGGACGCCAGGGCUCUUAAGAAAGGAACUGUGGGGAUUAAAGGCAUCGUGAGAAGCGUGUCUGCGGUCUUCGGAAGGAGGCGCGCCGAGUAGGGAAUGAUAGUGGAGAAGACGAUCUAGCAAUAAACCCUAGCAGAGCAGUUUUGAAUAUACGGGCGACAAACGUCAAGGGGACAGGCAGACUGACGGGCGGUAGUCGCUGCGUCCUAACCUGGGUGAAACCUGUUCAUCCAUGGGUCGCCGUGCGGAUGAACAUGCGGCUCGAUUCACUGGUGCUGGAGCCGGAGUCCCGAUCGCGGACAGCCGCAGAAGAAUUUCUGGGUUAUAUAUCGGGGAAAUAAACUCACCAUAUCGGCCUAUUAUAUCGACAUUCCGGCCAGAUCAGUAUCACUGACUACUGACGGUUUAGGAACAACUUAAAUGUGCAGGUGCAUAUCGUAAACAAUUCGAAAGGAUUCAGGAAUCUUUAUAUAAAGUGGGGUGGGGGAGAAUUUCCCGAGUAUAUUGUAGUACUUUAAGGGGGAGUGGAUCUGAGUGUACCUUUUCUGGAUUCCAGCAAAAUACGUAUUUGAGCAUGGGAGGGAAUGGACAAGAUCUCAGCAUGAAGGCAUAAAAUGACUGCCAGGAUGGAAAUUAGAUUAACAUUGUACUUGCACAUUAUACUGUGCACAGAAUGUCACAUGAGCCUCUCCGUCGACAGUGUGUAAGUUAGGAUCAAAGGAAUCCUUAAAGUAAUGUUUAAAGGGGUUGACAAUGGCUACACUGGGUGUGAUUGUUGUCAGAGAUGCCUGGCAAGUAACUGUACUAAGCUGAUUUUAAGCUGUAAUCUGUGGAAAAUGUAAACCUUAAUAGGCUGUGGUCCCAGGUGCUGCUGGAGCAGAGACUGUACCUUUUUUUUUUUUUUUUUUUUUAAAUGGUCACACCUCUCCUAUGAGACCGAAGGGCCAUGACCUGCAGAGUGUAAUGUUAAUGGAUAGAGGAAAAGUGCAGUGUUACUCUGUGAAAGUUUUAUAUUAGCGGAAAUCUAGAUUUGAAUGCUUUGUUUUUCUAAUAAAAACUUUUGAGUGUCA